CUACGCUCCGUCCUGGUUUCCUCCUGUCCCUACAAUUCCUUCAAAGGGCCUUCAGCUUUUCUACCAUCAAGGCUUUCUAGUCCUUUAAAUCCUAGAGGCAAACUUUUAGGGACUAAGGAAGGCUGGGAGGGGCCUAUGGCUUAACCCUCUCAACCCGGGACAAGAGACCAGCUUGGCUGACUGGGCGUUGACUCGGUGCUUGGUCGGUAGGCUGCCUUGGCCCCGAGAGGGGCUGAAGCUUAUUCCUGGUGCAAGUGAGAGCUCUCCUGCAGAAAGAAGGAAAAAGGAGCCAGAGAGGCCAGGAGGGACCCCAGCUUAAGUCGGAUCUCAAUUAAGUCUGGACCACGAGAUGCCGGUAAUGAAGCAGAUGGGCCCUGCACAACCCAAGAAGCGACUGGAUCGCGGAGCACUCUCUAUCUCAGCACCGCUCGGAGACUUCAGGCACACACUGCACGUGGGUUGCGGUGGCGACACCUUCGGGGACACCUCAUUCCUGAGUCGCCACGGGGGCGGUCCGCCUCCCGAGCCUGGAGCUCCACCGGUUGUGGCCCCACAUUCUGUCGCUCCACCUGCAGUCCCACAGCCCCCUGUGCCUGUGCCUUCACCUGAGGACCCGCUGCUGUCUUUCCACCUGGACCUGGGCCCCUCUAUGCUGGACGCGGUGUUAGGCGUCAUGGACGCGGAGCGCAGCGAGACAACAGCCACCAAGCCCAAUGGGGAUGCCCACCCUAGAAUGCAGCACCCCAAGACCCACUGCUGCUCAAAUGCUGACCUCCAGCUGGACGACGUCAUCGGUCUGUAAUGUCAUAAUUCCCUCAACCCCUCCCUCCCAGCACUCCACUUUUGUACACAUAAAUGGCUGAGGUUUGUGCCA